GUCAACAUUUCUCAGUUGCAUUAUUGUUUGCAUAGGCUAUUGUCAAUAACACACCAACAAAACACUUUAUUAUCAAAUGCCUAAUGCUGAUGUCACAGCUGACUACUUGAGCAAUAAAUCUGCCAUAGCAGAAAAUCAAGUAUUUAACAAUGAAUAAGAGCCCAUAGACCUGCCGGUAUAUCAUUCUGUAGAUGUACAUUAUUUAUAGUAAAUAGUUUCAGACUUGUUUAUUACCGGUCUAAUCCUUAUUGAAGGAAUAUGAUGAGGAGGAGGAGGAGGAAGAGGAGGAGGAAGAGAACUAUGAACAGAGCACAUCUAGUCAGUCUGCCUCAGCCAGGGGGAGCCACUUUGAGUGGCAGCUGUAUAAAGGACAGAGAUGGCUUAGUAUUGGCAAUGACCAUGUGAUCGAGACCCACUACUGCCAGCCUGGGGCCAAAGGAAUGAACAUCUACCCAUCACACAUGGGGCAGGUCUAUAUAGAUUUUGAUCAGAUUGAGGCUCAAAAUGCUGCCAUGGGUGUACGGCGACUCACGUUCCUACCUCAGGGUCAAAGUGAAGACAUCGGGUGGUAUUUCAAAGACAUUCUGAAAUGGCGUGAAUACGGUUCUUUGGGUCCAGGUCAGGGCUCGUCCUCAGUCAGUAGUGGUGAUGUGGAACGACAGUACAUCCUCAGACCUCAGGGGACCUUCCACUUCACUGUGGGGAGCAACAGCUACACGUUAGACUUCACAGCUAUGACACAGACCAAUUCAGCCACCCGGGUACAGAGAAAAGUCCGGCGGCGUCCAAAGUUCAACUCCAUCGUCUCAGGGAAUGGCAGCUUAUCCAUUGCCCAAUCAGCCCCCACCGUAAUUGCCUCACCACCUCCCUCUGCUGGCUACACCUGGGAAUUCAUGGGCGAGGAGGGAGUGUGGAUAGAAUACCAGACUCCAGGUUGCUCACUUGAGAGUGCUGGGAUUGAGAGACGCUACCAGAAGAACCCUAAGGGACAGAUACGCUUCAAAGCUGGGAGAUAUUCCUACACCCUCGACUUCUCAGGCAUGUGUCAGACCAACGUUCGCAUCGGGACCAAAAGAAUUGUGAGGAGAACUCAAUGUGAAGCUCAACAAACAAGCAGUGGAGGAAUGGGUUUACAGUCCCGUUGGCAGUUUCAAGACGUGGACGGAAGCUGGAAAGACUUUGCCAAAAGAAGCGGCACUUGCAGUGUAUCCAGCCAGGACAUUGAAGCCCAGUACCAGCAGAACCCAAAUGGAACUAUGAACUUCACUACCAGGAGAUUCAGCUAUCAACUGAACUUCUCAGCCCUGACCCAAAGAAACCUGUCCACUCAGACCACCCGAUCUGUUCGACGCCUGAACUAAUCACUGCCCACGACACUGUCCUCUGUCAGGGGCGAAGUGCAAUACCCUGGCAGUGGAGGCUGGUGGGAGAAGCUAUAGGAGGACAGGCUCAUUGUAAUGGCUGGAAUGGAAUAAAUGGAACGGUAUCAAACACAAACUCAUGGAAACGUUUGGAAUGGAAUAAAAGAAACAGAGUCAAUGAGCCCGUCCUCCUAUAGCUUCUCGCACCAGCCUCCACUGUACCCUGGGUGCAUCUCAAUUGUCUAAAGUGGCUUCCUCUCAACUCCACUCCAUUUCUUCAUGUGCACAGUGAAGACGAAGUCACUGUCCGGCACUGAGACGGAACCCCUUCCAUUCCACUUCCUCCUAAAAAUGAAACUUGUUUACAUAUGUAUUCAUGGAUUUCCUGUUAUUUUCUCAACAUUGUGCAUAUACUUAAAAACCAAUACUAUUAUUAGAAAAGUAGCUUCUGACAAUCUGCACAAUACUGCCACUGGUACAAAAGGAAGAAGCCUUUUGAGCAUGUUCUAGCAUGUACAUUUUCAUUGUCUUUAGUUUGAAUAAAGGUGAUUUU